CAGAAUAAUGCACCUCGGUGCUACAACAAUACAACGUGUUGAAGAUGCAUAUUCGGCUAUGAAACAUGCCAUUGAGAUUUCAGGAAGUUUAAUGAAAUCUUUUAAUUUAUUAGAUAGAUGGAUACGUUUGCAUUAUGAGGAACUUUCAUUACAAUAUGAGAAUGAAAGUGUGAAUAUUGACCCUCUAUUAACAUGGGAUGAUAAGAAUCGAUUAAAGCCACUUUUAGGAAAGGUAGCGCAAUUUGCUUUGAAUAAGAUCAAGAAUGAGCUUCUUAGUGUUACUAUAUAUCAGGCUUUUCAAGUUGAUUCUAAUUACCUAAUGAAAGACUUAUCUUCAACUGGCUUUGAUAAUUUUUCACUAAAGUCUCAAUUAUAUAAAAUUGAAACACGAUAUAUGAACUUUCCGGAUGAACAACAAAAAUCAGAUCUUCUAAGUAAACUUGAUGGCAUUUUAGAAGUACCCGAAGUCAAACUUUCUGAAAUAAAGAUUCCAGAGCAAAUUACAGGAAAAGGACGCCUUUGUGGCACUAAACGAUUACCAAUUGCAUUAGAGAAUAUGGAAGCUAAGAAGAAAAAGAAAGUCGGUGUU